ACCGCCGGCAUGCCCCUGCCCCUCGCCUAUCGCCGCCGCGCCGCCGCUCCAAAUCCCCAAACCCUACCCCGCCCCCAGCACUACGGGUUACGGAUGCCACCGCACCUCCUCCAUUGAGACGAGCCACCAUGGAGGCCACCGUCUUUGCUCCCCACCAGGUCGCCAUCCUGGCACUGCCAGCGGUGGAGGCGGAGGCGGCCGGCGCCGCUGCACCGGGAGGAUGGCUAUGAAUGGCAUGAGAUCGAUAUCCAAGGUCGGGGCUGUAAUGAGGAGGUACACCCAUGGACCCUGCCGGACCGGUGUGUGCGGUGGAUGCGGGCAAGGAGGGAAUCGCGCAGCUGGUCAAGGAAAGAUCCCAUCUCUCUCUGUUAAUCCCGAUCUCCUCAUGAGAUUGCUCUUGAGGAGAGGGAGUACGUCCCUGAACUUGAUUCCUUGCAUCAGUUCAUCCCUUCUGUUGAGGCUUUGAGUGGCUGGGGCUUUUGAUGCUAUGUGCUCUUGGUUUGACUCGAUUUUUGCUUUGUUUUGGUGCAUGCAGCAAGAUCAUAGAGUUGAGCAGGAAUGGACCAGAAGCUAUGGCUCGCUAACUGGCAUAUUGAACAGGAGCACAACCUUAGGAGGGAUAGAGUCAGAUCAUGGCUCUCUGAUGAUUUUCUAAAAUCAUUGCAACAUCAGUUUGCUUGCUCGAGACCUAUAAUCAUAGCCAAAAUAUCAGAAUUGGAGGUUUGGAGAUGCUCCUAUAGUGGCUGGAAAUUCAUCUGGUCACGGCUGGACAGAUCGUCUUUCUCGUGCCCAAAUGCCGUCCUCGGUCUUGCUACGCAGCCCCUCCAACCGUGCAAGUUUGGAUCCUCUCGAUGGCGGAGGACGUCAGGCGGUGGGAGAUGGAUCUGCUCCCCCCGCCGAGUGCGUAGGUGCUGUUUGUUCCUUUCGUGUGUGAUUAUGCGUUGGAUUGUCUUCUACAACCGCAGGAGAAGCUAGGCUGAGAAUCGCUGGUGAGUGGCAGGGAAGAGGAACGUUUAAUUGCUUAGAGUUUCUUGGAUGGGAGAUUCUAGAGAGAUCGCAGCAGGUUUAUAAAAUGCUAUGAUCUAGAUGAAUAGGUUUCCUGACUAUUGUUGUUCAUUUAAAAUUGAACCAAAUAUGCUGAAACUAUUCACUGAAAAAAGGUCAAACAGAAGAAUUCUACUGUCACACUGCACUUUCAAAAGUGUUUGUUGAUACUGGAUUUUAUUCUCUUUAUGUUCCUUCAGUAUUUUUUCUUAUAUAUCAGAAUUAAAUAGUUUACAAGAAUAUGAGUGAGAAUUAUUCUCCUUCUCCUUCUCCUGAACCACAUCAUAUCAUUCUUAAUUUUCCUGAAAUGUUGCAUGCAUCCUAUGGUUUUUUUGGACUGCUUUCCGUGGUGCCUAGCUCUUGGUGCUGUGCAAUAUUGAUGAUUUAUGCGUCCUGUGUAUUCGCAGGGUAUAAUGAAAUUUGAUCUGAACAUAUGAAAUUUGACAAAUGCAUUUCCAUGAUCCGAAAAGUUUAUCUGCAGAUUUAACAUAGUAUUCAUGUCCAUUUUACCUUUUUCAACUCAUUUACACGAACAAAAUUGCAGCCAUGUAAAAGCCUAGCGCUUUCAGUUAAAAUAAAUAAUUUAUUAUCAUUUGCUAUUAAAUGCUUAAUGCCUAUAUAUUUGCUUUGCUACAUAUUUUUGCCUUAGUAGAAACCGGGAUGUUUUUCCAAAUAUUUUGGGAGUUAAAUUACUAAUGC